AUGCCACUUGCAAAUAAGUCCAAAUCUGCUCUCCGCUCGACAUCCACGCCAGUCAGCAUUCGACGGGCUAUUCCGUGGGGAAUUAUCCGCUCUUUUAACGCACCCAUCAUGAAGUAUCUGCCGGCCCAAAUACUUUUGCUCCUCUCCUCCUCUCUCUUCUCUUCCGUGCGCGCCGCGCAACUGAACAGAACCGGAGAGACAACCAUCUACGGCUACAGAGGCACCAUCUACACCGCACACGACUACAGACCCAUCUGCGGCACCCUCUCCCCCGACCAAUUCCAAGAAGAACUCUCCGUGCACGACGCAUGUACCGCUCCCAUCCGUGCAUUCUCCUCCACCGCCGACACAUUCGCACUCUAUACCUCCACGGGGACGCGCCAAUCCGACACGUCUCCCAUCGCCCGUGGAACCGCAUACUGCAUGUGUUAUGCCUUGGGUACGGUUUCGGGUGACAAGCAGGCCAAUUUUUGUAUACUCGUGGAUAAGGAUGGCAAGACCACGGACGUGAAUAGUAACACGCUCUCGGUGGCGUAUGGACGCGGGUUUGCAGAGGGUAAUUUCCAGUCGGGGGAGAAGGCUCUUCCUCAGUGCUUUGAGAUUGAUGUCGCGGCGGUGACAGCGUCGAUUGAUGCCGCCGGUACGGAGACGCACGUACAAGUCGCGGGUCCGUCUACGACUGAGAAUACGGGUUCGUCUCCUACGGGAAGCUCUGGGUCCAACUCUCCCUCUUCCUCUUCCUCCACAAACGUCCAGCAGGUGUAUUCGUCUGGCUCCCCAUCCUCCUCACCCUCAUCUCAGUCGUCGGUGGGCUCAUCUACAAACACAAGAACUACAAGGUCAACAAGCAAAAGCCCGGG